CGUCCACGGCUGAUGGCCGUAUGUAGUUCACAGCGUAGUUGUUUGCCAGCCAUCGGUACGAUCGCCGCGUGCUGACGACUACCCAGAUUUAUCUUAAUUUAGACUCUAUAUCAGCUUUUGUCAUGAGUUAUAAUGUGUUUCCGUAGAUUUCUUGUAUUCGUUCGUGUUAUUUCAAUUCUCAAAAUGUAAAGAGUUUUCGUUUUCCUUCGCGUUUCACCCCGGUGGACGAAAAUCUUGCCGUCGGCCUCCGCGGUUUCCAACUUAGACUUAUAAUCGGUUGUUUGGUUGUCACAUAAAAUAGAACUAUGCAACAAUGUGGAUUUUGUUCAAUGCUGUCAGGUUUUUUUAGACGUGCUAUGUGCGUUGGGAGCAGGCGGAGUAGCAGCGAGUCCUACUAUCGCGAGCUCGGGGAUCAAGACACCCUGAAAAUCGACGAUCAAUCGGUGUUCUCCGAUGAAUCCGAAACCAUAGUUCAAGUGGAACAACCUCGACGCCACGCCAUGGAUCCGGGCGAGCUAGAUGACAUGGCGCGGCGGCUGGUGCGCACCGGCCGCUUCCUCACCAUGCACAAGCGGCGCAAGAAGCGGCUCCUCACGCGCUCCCUCUGUCAGGAGACGGGGCUGCUUGACGACCUGCUCCUCGGACAAGUCAAGUGCAUCCUGCAGCAGUCCGUGCAGUGGAAGUUCAACGCUUUCACCUUGGAGACAGUCUCUGGCGGCCGCUGCCUGCCAGUGCUGUGCAUCCACCUGUUCCAAAUGUACGGGCUGAUCACGCACUUCAAGCUGGACGUGACGAAGGCCUGGCGGCUGUUCAGCCUCAUCGAGGAGGGUUACCACAGCACCAACCCGUACCACAACUCGGUGCACGCCGCCGACGUGACGCAGGCCAUGCACUGCUUCCUGCAGCAGCCGCAGAUCCGCGAGCACCUGGAGCCGCUGGAGAUCAUGGCGUCGCUGCUGGCUGCCAUCGCCCACGACAUGGACCACCCGGGCGUCAACCAGCCCUUCCUGAUUGCGACCUCCAACCACUUGGCGGCUCUGUACCAGAACACCUCGGUACUGGAGAACCACCACUGGCGCUCAGCCGUAAGCUGCCUCAUCGAGAGCGGGCUGUUCGAGCGCGAGCUGCGCGUGCGGCUCGAGCGGCAGGUCAGCUCGCUGAUACUCGCCACCGACAUCACGCGCCAGCAGGAGUACUUGAGCCAGUUUAAGACCCACAUUGACACUGGCACCCUCGAUAUGACGCUGAGCGAGCACCGCCACCUCGUGCUGCAGAUCGCUCUCAAAUGCGCUGACAUAUCGAACCCGUGCCGGCCCUGGGAGAUCAGCCGUAAGUGGAGCCUCAAGGUGUGCGAGGAGUUCUUCCGCCAGGGAGAUUAUGAGCGCAGGCUCAACCUGCCAGUCACCGCCCUGUGCGACAGGCACACCACAUCCAUCCCCAAGAUACAGACGGGAUUCUUCAAAUUCGUUGUGACCCCAUUGAUCACAGAAUGGCACAAAUUCCUGCAAAACGACUUGUCAGCACAGAUGCUUGACAAUUUGAAAUACAACCAAGACCAGUGGGAGUCACUUGUCGUCCAGGAGUUGGCCGAAGAGACGCGCACUGAGAUCUCAGAUGCAGAUAUGGUCGACGACGAUCUCGAAACCGGGACAAACAUCUCGGACAGCUCGGAGAUGUUGCUGCCGCUGCGCAGGAGCUCGCUCAACCCACCGAAGCCGAUUAGCCUUCGCGAACAACUGCGCCGGCUCUCCGUGCCAUUGAACGUUUUCCAGGAUUCGCGGUACAAGAACAAGAGCCGCACGGGCUCCGUCGCCGAAGAGCAGUGCCAGGAGCAAGGCAGCGCUAUGGGCAGCGAACACUCGCUGCACUCCCAGCUCAGCGUGCGUGGCCAUUGCGAGCCCAAAGGGGCCGAAGAAAAAGUUCUCAGCACCGAGAAACUCUUGCCCGAUUCGUCGAUUGCCUCCAUCACUACCCCAGUGCAGGCCACGCGCCUGAAGACCGUUCUAAAGGACGGAGGCACCUGGAAACUGGUCCGCCAGCAAACUUUCCCACCGAUGGAGAUGACCGGCCAGGCCCAGGCCCUGCUCUGCCGCCCGCUCUACACGAGCUCGGAGGACACCACGCUCCCUUCUGGCCAGGCGGCUGAAUUCUUCGACAGAAGCAAAAUGCAGAGCCAGAUGUGCUGCGCCUUCAAGUUGCCGGGGAAACCGGAACCGAUCGUUCUGGUCGAUGAGGAGGAGCAUUUUGAGGAAAAAGAGAAUAUAAACACAUCGAACCGCUCUGGCGCCGGUCGCCGCUAUGAAGUGGGCAGCCAGCUCCGCGAGAACCUUUCCACCGUGAGCCUUAGCAUGUUCCCCACCGGGGAGAUGUUGGGACGCAGGAAGUCGAUGCCAGCUGAUGAUACUUGCGGUCCGAAAGAGAAGCGCAUGCGCGAGGUGGCGGCCGCGAUCCCCGAGCUGCUGCGGCAGACGCUGCUGGGCAAGCAGUCGCCCGCGCGCCGCCGCGGCUCGGCGCCGGCGCCGCUCAGCGCGUCCGAGCUGCCCGCGCUGGCGGCGCUGGCCCGCGGUCACCAUGGCAACCAGUCCGCGCGCCGCAAGCCCGCGCCCGUCGCCUGCCACCAGCUGCUCAAGGACCAGCCGCACAUGACCCGCCGGAGCUCGCUACCCGUUGAGGUGAUGACAGGGAUCUCAUCCCGCUGAGUUGAGCCUGAGCUCCUCCGACAACUCCGUGUAAGCGCACAGACGACACACGUAACAUCCUACCAAAAUGACAAUUAGCUAAGUCUCUAGUACAAAUUUUUAUUUUAUGAAUUUAUUUAAACAAAAAAAAACACCUUUUUUUAGGUUGUGUUCUGUUUUGUGAAUAUAUUGAUUUUAUAUAAUUAUUAUUGUGAAGCGCAAAUUUUAGGUCAACUUUGUAUCAGUCACUGCAGCUCAAUUGAAACGAUGACUGAGUAUAAAUAUAUUAUUGCAUUGUCUCUUUUUAAUUUAGCUCCUUAAGAAGUAUUAGAGUCUCAUUUUUAGUAUUUAAAGUCUCUAUAGUCAUAGUUUAAGCGUCGUACAUAUUUUGGACAAUUUCUAGUAGUGUGUAUAUAGUAUGUGUUAGGAAAAUUCAGUAUUAUUAUUCAAUUUUCACUGUAUAUAGUAUAGUACAUAAUAAUAACUAUUGGUGUAAUAGAUGCGUACGAUCCUUGUCUAAUCUGAUUAUAAACUUUCACCUCGUAUAGUCCAUUAUUUAAGUCCAGUUGCUUCUCUAUCGCACUCUUAUUUCAUAUGAAGAAAAGAGACACUCUAUGGAAAUAUUGACUUUUAGUCAAACACAUUGGACAUGAACAUCAAUGUUCGCUCAACAAUACAUCACAAUCGAGGCAUAAUUUUAAUGUAACAGGACUUAAAGAAUAGACUGUAAUCUAAUGAAUUUUUGAAAUUUGUAAACCAUAGUUGAUCUUAAAUAAUGUAACUAUGUGCAAAUAUGACGCAAAACUAUUAAAUUAACAAAAAUUUCAGACGAUCUUGGAGAAUUACUAUGAUAUGGCAUAUUAUUUUUGAAUGACACAUUUAAAUAAAAAUUCACAAAGAAGUGCCAACUAUUUUCGAUAACAGCUUUUCAAAAUUUUGAAUAUUUUAUAUCUAUUACAAUUUAUAUACAUUUCCGUAUUGAGUAGAUUUGGUAGGUCUCGUCUGCAGUCCUGGAGACAUCUCUCACUCGUCUAUGCUGCUUAGAUCCAAUGACAUUAAAAAUCAUCAUAAUUUUACAAUAAAAAACAAAAACAAACAAAAAAAAGUUGAACCGCAAGUUGGCCGGGAACCGCGCUCAUGUGUAAAUAAACACGAAUCAUUAUAAAUCACAAAUUAUAAAAUAGAUGACGCUUAUUGUAGUUUUAAGUACUAAUUAUAAUAUCUCUAGUCUAGUCUAAUUAUACACGUAGUUAUAGAUGUAAGGGAGUGUGAGGACGCAACAGUGGCGCCAACUGGCGGAGGUUUGCGAUGACUUGGUGCACAGUGGCCGUGGGCCAUUGGGAAUAAAUUGAUUUGACUGAAAUUUUACAACGCUAGAUCGUUGGCUUGUACAAAUUAUAACGUGUAGGAGGGGGACCGAGGGUCAUGAGUGUUUUGCUUCGAUCUGAUCGGGAGGGAUAGCAGCGUAGCACGCCAAAAUAUGCGCUAUGAGGUUGGCUUUGGCAGAACUGAACGUGUCGGCAGAUUCCAUGCGAGUCGAGACGGUUGGGCCAACUCGGCCGAGUGUCAGAUGUAUUGUUCUAACGCCAUAACGUUAGAAUUGUGUCCGUUGAACACCUACUGACGAGGACACUUCGAAUGAUAUUAAUUUCAAAUAUAUAUGUAUUUUGAUUUUUUGGAUCGAUUUGUGGAUGGUAUUUUGAUUUAACGAACAAAUUGAAGGGCACAAAUUUUGGAACGGUUUAGUGUAAAUCGUGCUCAAACUAUCGUUUAUGCGAGUUUUUAUAUUUUAUUGUUAGAUGUCGCGGCUCGUAAUUUUAAUUUUUCUUUGAGCUUUAACAUAUUUCUUAUGUUGUACCUUUUUCUUUAACUGUUUGUUUCGGCCGCGACCCAUUUAGUAUGAGCUAAUAGCACAGGCUAAUAGUACCUAUUUCUGUGCUUAGAUUUUAAUGUAUAUUUUAUUAUUUUACUAAAAGUCACAAUCUUGGCUAUCUAUGUUCAAAAUAUCUAUGAUCAUUGAUCGUAUAAUAUUCUAUGUGUACUAUUAGAAUUCUGUGUAUUUUAUCGUUAAAUGUAAUGAAUGUUGUGGACAACAACUAGGUGUUAAAGUUAAUGUUAAACCUCGACAUCGGUAUCGAUAACUAAAUUCAAAUUGCCUUGAAUUUGACGAAUUUUUAGAAGUGAUAGGUAGUGUAAGUAUUAAUGGGGGGGGGGGGGCAGGACGGGAGAGGGGGGCAUCUUUUGUCACAAGUUUGGGGUUUUGUGUUCUUGAAUCUCUACAAUCUUUCAACAUAAUAUGACGUGGACCGUUGUAUUCCUAUUUUUCAGAACAUUAUUUAUUGUUUUAUUUUUAUGUGCUCUUCGUUAAAUUAUUAUGGGUAACGGUUAUAAAUGUAAAUACCUAAGUGUAACUAAAGAGUCGGGCGAGAGCGGCGGGCCGCGGUGUAGUGUGACGACGAAAUUGCUAAGUGAAUUAAGGAUAUUUAGUUAUGGAACCGUUGUCGAUCCCCCGUAGAUCCCAGUUCUGAUGUCGUGGUAGCCACUUAGCCAUAUUUGGCCGUAAUGUACUGUAAUUACGUAACGUAGAUGAUACCCCUUAUCGUAGGACUAAAUAUUUCAUUCGACACCACUUUCGGUGUAUUUUUAAUUGUAAUUCAAUUGUCUGGCGCGUUUGUUUGUCACGCCGCGCUAUGUGGAUGUAGAUUUUAUUUCAAUUUUGCAAUUAAUAUUCAAUGUUGGACAUGUUUUAAGUUUUUACUGAACGCAACAGCAGGUAUUCUUAACGAUUCUUAUUGGAUAUUUUAUUAAGUUUUAUUAUGUUGAAAUAAUGUGGAAAAAAUAUAUGUCCAUGGUAACUAAUUUUAUUUAUAUUGUUCGAUUAUUUUUACGUCUGUUGAAGGUUUUUUUUUGUUAUAUUACUAUCUACCACCUGUUGCGUUAGUAAAAACUUAAUCGCAAUUAAUAGUAAAUAAUUUGAUAUUUGUGU